AUGUCAGCAAAAGCAGUCAGCGAAUUGUCCGGCAAGCAAAUUUUGUACAAAUACUUUGAGGGAACCGGACUCGUCAACUCGCCCUUCGCUUUUCAUGUCAAAACUGGUGAUGACUUCAAUCAAGUUGCUGGAAGUUAUGAAUGGUUAACCAAGGCAGGAGUGAGUUUUGGCAGCUGGCCUCUAUAGACUUUAUCGCCUAAUGAUAUCUUUAUGUAUUUUCAGAAAGGAGUCAUCAAGCCAGAUCAAUUGAUCAAACGCCGUGGAAAGAUGGGUUUGGUCGAAUUUGGAUCACCGAAAGAAUUGCGCAAUUGGUUCAAUGAUGUUGCCUUCCGCCAUUUUCAAGUCGCAAAUUCACUCGGCCGUCUAGACACAUUCAUCGUCGAACCAUUCUGUGCUCACCAAGAAAUUGAUGAGAUGUACAUUGCAAUCUACAGCAACAGAAAAGAGGAUACAAUUAUGUUCUACGAGCAUGGCGGUGUUGAUAAAACCAGAUUUCUCAAAAUCCCGGUUCAAGUUGACGAUAAUGCGAUGUCUCCAACUGAUGAACAAUUGGACACACUUAUUGGAGUCGGUCUUCCAAAUUUCAAAGUUGUCAAGAAGUUUGUGGAUCUAUUGUACAAAGCUUAUAAAGAACUUCAUUUUACAUAUUUGGAAAUCAAUCCAUUUGGUAAGAAUUUUUGGUUGGAAUUUUCAUAGCAAUCAAUAACCAAAUAAAAAAUGACUUACAGUGUUCGUCAACAAUCAAAUACAAAUUCUUGGUCUUGAUGGAAAAGUAGAUAAAUCUGCUUAUUAUAUCUGCUCGGAUAAAUGGAGAAGUCGCCCCACUCCAAUGUCCGCACCAAUGCCAGUCGAUUUCCCAGCUCCAUUUGGUCGUGAUUUAACUAGAGAAGAGCACUUUAUUGCUAAUUUGGAUGCCGAAACUGGAGCCUCGUUGAAGCUGACGAUUUUCAACCCAAAUAGUCGUGUUUGGACGAUUAUUCCAAAUGAGGAUAUUAAUCUAACCUUCCGGUAAGGAGAUUUCAGAACCUAGACCUAUAGCUUCCAAUUGCCUGCCACCCGCGAUGCUCAUCUUUCCACUUAAAUUGCUAUUGUUUUCAGAGACACUGUUUGCGAUCUUGGUGGUGCGAGUGAAUUGGCCAACUAUGGAGAAUAUUACGGCGAUCUGUCGGAAUCUCAAACCUUCGAGUAUGCCAAGACGAUUCUUUCCAUUAUGACUGAAGAAGAGCCCAGAAGCGAUGGAAAAGUUUUGAUCAUCGGUAUAUCUAUCGCCAACUUCACCAAUGUCGCAAAAACUUUUGGAGUGAGUUUCAUCAGAAAGCCUCAAUUAGUUAGCAUCCUAAUUACUAUAAUUUUUCAGGGAAUCGUCAAGGCUUUUGAAACAUACAUCACCAAACUCAAGGAACAAAAGGUCACCGUCUAUGUUCGACGUGGUGGUCCGAAUUAUCAAGAAGGGUUGCGAUGCCUGAGAGAUAUUGCUGCCGCAGUCGAACUUCCAGUCCAUGUUUUUGGACCAGAAACGCAUAUGACUGCAAUUGUCGGAGCCGCUCUCGGAAUUCAUGCUCUUCCAUCAAUGCCUAUUGAGCCAAAUACCACUGGACAAUUCUUGUUGAGCCCGGAAAGAAACACUGCUGGAACUGAACGUCAACCAGCUUCACCGGCACCAACAUCGACUGGUGCAAAUCCUUGGGAUUUUACUCCUCGCGGAUUGUUCCAAAAAGACACAAAAACAAUCUUCUGGGGUCAGGAAGAUGAUGCUCUUUUGGUAAUAAUAGCUUUAUCGCAUAAUAAACAAAUUAAAUAAUAUUUUCAGACAAUUUUGGAAUUCGAUAUUGCAUGCGGUAACAAAACACCGUCAGUGGUCGCGAGGUCAGCUUCAGGGACAAAAGACAGAAAGUUUUACGAAUUUGCUGAGAUGGCCGUUUACAUCCCCGCAUACAAAUCAAUGGCCGAAGCGUGUGCCACUCAUCCAGAAGCUUCUGUGAUGGUCACAUUUGAAUCAAUGAGAUCGGUUUAUGAAACUGUGUUGGAAGCUCUGGAAUUCCCUCAACUCAAAGUUAUCGCCAUUAUUGCUGAAGGUGUUCCAGAGAAUCAGACAAGAAAGUUGUUGAAAGUUGCCGCUGAACGUGGUGUUACUUUAAUUGGUCCAGCGACCAUUGGAGGAAUCAAACCAGGCUGCUUUACGAUUGGAUACGCUGGAGGAGAAGAUGAGCGUGAUUUUAUUAACUCGAAACUCUACCGUCCUGGAAGUGUUGCGUAUGUUUCGAAAUCAGGUGGAAUGUCCAACGAACUGAACAACAUUAUCUCACAAAACUCCGAUGGUGUUUAUGAGGGAAUUGUAAUUGGUGCUGAUAGAUAUUCAGGAAGCAGCUAUGUUGAACAUAUUGCAAGAUAUCAAGCUGAUGAUCGUGUAAAAAUGAUCGUUUUGCUUUGUAAAGUUGGUGGCACCGAAGAAUAUAAGAUUGCCGAAAUGCUCAACAGAGGAGAGAUCACCAAACCAUUAGUUGCUUGGUGCAUCGGAACUUCUGCAGAUCAUAUCACUCAUGAUGUUCAAUUUUUCGAAACAGCAUCUUGCAAAAACGAUGUUCUUCGUAGUGCUGGAGCAAUCGUUCCCAAAUCAUUUGGCGAACUUGGAAACACGAUCCGCGACACUUAUGACAAUUUUGGAACAAUUGUGCCACAACCCGAAGUUCCAACACCACUAGUUCCAAUGGAUUUUGCGUUGGCAAGAGAAUUGGGGCUGAUUCGGAAACCAGAAUCAUUCGAGGAAUUGAUUAAUGGUGGAUUUCCAAUCUCCAAAGUUUUGAAGAGCGAACUAGGAAUCGGCAGUGUUCUUGGACUUCUCUGGUUCCAGGUAAUUGAAUGCUCAUGUGAAAUGUUCAUAAAAUGGGUUAUGUUUUUUCAGAAAAAUCUACCAGCAUAUGCCAACAAAUUCAUCGAGAUUUGCCUUAAGCUCACCGCCGAUCAUGGUCCAGCUGUCUCAGGUGCUCACAAUACAAUUGUUUCUGCUCGUGCUGGAAACGAUUUGAUCUCCUUGCUCACAUCUGGAUUGCUCACCAUUGUAUGUUGAAGAAUUGAAGAACAAGAGAGUUUAGACAGACUCUAGCCUGUUCUAUAAUUCCAUUACUCAACUCUCUUAUUUUCAGGGUGAUCGUUUUGGUGGAACUCUCGAUGGAGCUGCUCGCCAAUUCUCCAACGCUAUGGACAAUGGCUUGUCUCCAAGGCGGUUUGUAAACAAGAUGAUAAUCCAAAAGAAGCAUAUCAUGGGAAUUGGUCAUCGCGUCAAGAGUGUGAGUUUGUCUAGAUCCUGCUAAUUAUUUGAAAAUUCCUCGAACUCAAUGAAUAUUUGAUUUCAGAUCAACAACCCUGACGAACGAGUCAAAAUUCUCAAGAGAUUUGUCAUGGAUAAAUCACAAUUCACACAAGGAACUCCACUUCUUGAAUUUGCACUGGAAGUCGAAAAAAUCACAACUACCAAGCACCCAAAUCUCAUCCUUAAUGUUGAUGGUGCAAUUGGUGUCAUUUUCGUCGACAUUCUUCGCCAUAGCAAAGUGUUCACACCAGCCGAAGCUCAACAAAUCAUUGAUAGCGGAACAUUGAAUGGUCUCUUGAUUUUUGGUCGAAGCAAAUUGGAAAGAAACUCCUAA